AUGGAUUCUUCAAGUUCUGUUCAUGCUGAUGGUGAUACAAAUGAAAAUGAUAAUGAGAAGGAGAGUUCUAGCUGUUGGCCUUUGUGGAAAUAUGUAGAGAAGCAAUCGAAAAUUGGUAAAGGGGGUCGAAAUACAAAAUUUAAAUGUAUGUAUUGCAAAAAUGUGUAUCCUGGGUCUUACUCAAGAUUGAGGAAUCAUUUGUUGAAAAAUUCUGGUAUGGGAAUUGCCAUAUGCCAUAAAGCUACUGUUGCCAAUGUACUUGAGAUGUCAAAAAUGGAAGAACAAGCUUCUAGCAAAAGAGAUGCAGUUAAAAUUAAAGAUAUACCUUUGCCUCGCUCAGUUUGUGAUAGUGUUGGGUCUUUUUCUGUAACAAUGACUGAAGUAGAGCCAUCCUCAUUUAAGUUAGAAGGUUAUGAUCCUUUGAAAAAGAGGAAGAUUGUUGAUGGUCCUCUAGGAAAAGCUUUCAAUGCACAAGCUCGUGAGAUAUUAGAUGGUGAGAUUGCAAGGAUGUUCUACUCAGCUGGGCUUCCUUUUAACCUCGCUAAAAAUCCACACUUUAUUAAGUCUUACAGUUUGGCUGCCAAUAGUAAUGUUGCAGGUUAUAACCCUCCAGGUUACAAUGCACUAAGAACCAAGUUAUUGAAAAAUGAGAGGGCACAUCUUCAAACUUUGCUUGAAGCUACUAAAAGCACAUGGAAGUCGAAGGGAGUAACCAUAGUAUGUGAUGGUUGGACAGACCCUCAAAGAAGGCCUCUAAUCAAUUUUAUGGCCAUAAAUGAAGGUGGGCCAAUGUUUAUUCGCUCGGUAAACUGUCAAGGUGAGUAUAAAGAUAAUUUUUUUAUCGCUACUUUGAUCAAGGAUGUCAUAACAGAGGUUGGUGUACCUAAUGUUGUCCAAGUUAUAACAGAUGACGCCCCCGUUUGUAAAGCUGCUGGAAUGUUAGUUGAACAAGCAUAUCCUAGUGUAUUUUGGACUCCUUGUGUUGUGCAUACACUUAAUCUUGCUUUAAAGAAUAUUUGUGCUGCAAAAAAUACCGAGUCAAAUGAAAUCACAUAUGCGGAAUGUCGUUGGAUAAGUGAGAUUGCUGCUAGUGCUGUUAUGAUUAGGAACUUCAUAAUGAAUCAUUCCAUGAGACUUGCCAUGUUCACUGAGUUUUCUAAACUUAAAUUGCUUGUGGUUGCUGAAACUCGAUUUGCCUCGAUGAUUAUUAUGUUGAGAAGGUUUAGAGAUGUGAAAUGUCAAUUGCAAUCGAUGGUGAUAAGUGAACAAUGGUCUAUGUAUCGUGAGGAUAACAUUGAGAAAGCUAGAAUUGUGAAAGAAAAAUUGUUAGAUGAUGGCUGGUGGGAUUCAGUAGAUUAUAUUCUUCGUUUUACUGAGCCGAUUUAUUCGAUGUUGAGAAUUUGUGAUACGGAUAAACCUUGUCUGCACUUGGUUUAUGGGAUGUGGGAUACCAUGAUAGUUAAAGUGAAACGAGUUAUCUUUGAGCAUGAGAUGAAGAGUGACUUAGAGGAAUCCAGCUUUUGGAAUGUUGUAUGCAAUGUGUUAGAGGACAGGUGGAGUAAAAGCAACACUCAAUUACAUUGCUUGGCUUAUUCCUUGAAUCCAAGGUGCAUUACAGAGGAUUGGAUAAAAGAGCAUUCGUAUCUUCAAACACCAAAUCACGAUGCAAAUAUUGUUAAAAUAACAAAAAAUUGUAUCAAACGUCUUUUUCCUGAUGCAGAAACACGAACAGCAGUAACACUAGAGUUUGCUAAUUUUUUUGGAUGCUUUGAAGAGUUUGGUGAUGAAGAUUCUAUACGAGAUAGAUUGAAGUUGGAUCCACUGAAAUGA